CAAAACUACAACAAUGACUACCCCGUCCACCCGCUCCGCGAGCUUGAUGGGUUGAGCAAGGACCAGUGGUUCGCUCACGGGUACAAGGGUUUCCCACCUAAAGAUGGGGACUUUAUGGUCCUCCCCGCCGGCGGGUCUUUCACCGGUGAGAUGACCUGCAACCGAGCCGAGACGGUCCAGUUCCGUGAUCCGUACAAUACCGACCCCCCCUCGAACUUUGCUUGCCGCAGCGGUUCCGGCGCCCUUCACGUCAUGAACCAAUACAACAACACCAACGUCGACCCCACAAAGUUCGGAGGAACCGCCCUCGCCAUCGCCUACACGUCCGACGUCUCCGCGCUUCAGCCCAACGACAUGACGGUCAUUUCGGUCGUGCAGCAGUCGGUAUGGACCCGGGCCAUCUCGUACGAUAUUCCAGCGGACUUGCCGGCUUGUCCGCCGGGCGGUUGUCUGUGCACCUGGAACUGGAUUCAUCGGGCGGGAAGUGGAGAGGGCUAUCCAUUCGAGAUUUACAACUUGCUGUACCGCUGCACGGUGUCCGGCGCCAGUGCGAGUGCUGGUGUUGUACAGCGUGGUCAGGUACCCAAGGACUGUACCGGCAACCCCAGCGCCUGUCUCAAGGGAGCAAAGACGCCUAUGUACCUCUACCAAGCCGACGGUAACAACCUUCCCCAUCUCGACGUACCUCCCAUGUACACCGACUCGUGGGGUUUUUACCAAGGCGCACAGAACGACAUUUUCGCCGCGUCCAACACCUCCACUCCUGCGCCUACGACCUACAUCCAGAACCCAUACGCCUCGAGCACAAGUAACAGCUCGUGA